AGCCCUAACACUCCAAAUUUUUUAGGUCAUCCACCGUUACCCAGGAUCGCUCGCCAUGGGCAGCCAUCCAUCCAACAAGCUUGCCACCGAUCAAGCCCACGUCUCUCCAAGGCUCGUCCUCAAUGACUUUCUCUCUCCGAGGUCCAGCGUCUCAGCUCCUGCUCGAAUGAAUGCCUCGGUCUGCGAUGGUAAAAAGGCCUGGAAGGUGUCGAGGCCAUUGCCGGUGAGAAGGAAAGAGUUGAUGCAAGACAGCCUUCGCAGCCGGUUCAUGGAGGACAAGGCACGGAAGCUCCAGGAUGCCAAUGACGCAGAUGAGAUUUGGACCUACCAUCGCUGCAGGGACUUCGAAGCCAAGGAUCCUUUGGAACGGCGCCUGCUAGAGCAAGGCAUCACUCCUGUUUACGAUCCAGCGCACAGGGACGUUCCGUGCUUCAGGCAACUCGUGCCCGACAUCCUGGACUUUCGAGUAUUUCUCAAUGCUCCGGGCCCCAAGAGCGGUGGCCACUUCCAGUGCCACAUAUACAGAAAGCACGAGCCUAACAUGCUCUACUCAAGGUACAAGCUUUGCCUGGGCGAGAGGGACCGCUUUCUCUUGUCUGCCAGGAAGAGGAAAAAGAGCAGGACCAGCAACUAUGCCAUUUCUAUAGACGAGAACGACAUAUCAAACAAGACAGGGAACUACUUUGGAAAGCUACGUUCCAAUUUUGUGAGGACCGAGUUUUUGGUUUAUGACAAGGGCCAGCGCCCGUCAUUUGAGCCUGGUAAAUGGUUGGUCCUUGAGGCUUUCCUUGACAGUUUGUCGUCCAAGAGCGUGAGAGUGGAGGUUGGCGGCGUGAUUUACCGGAGAAAUGUGUUUGGAAGAGGGCGCGGGAGGAUGACGGCCGUCAUACCUGCAUUGGCUGAGGACCUCAAGCCUUGUGUCUUCCAGCCGCUGACAAAGGGCUCAAGUACCAUCCUUGACAGGUACAAGAGCGGUCGAGAGCUUGACAGGAUGACGGUCUUGCACAACAAGUGCAACGUUGAAGAGCGCCACGGCCAGGCCUCGAAACGGAACUUUCAGCUGGUGGCAGAGAACGCGCGGAACUGCAUUGCUCUCCAGUUCAUAAAGGUGCUUUUAUUAUUGUAA